AUGUCGCAGUUAACCUUGCAGUCGAAACUGAAGCUUAGCGAUGGCAAUGAAAUACCGAUCCUCGGAUUCGGUACAUACGAACUUGACGGAAACGAUGCCUACAACGCUGUAAAAUGGGCACUUGAAGCUGGAUACAGGCACAUCGACUCCGCGGAGUGGUACGAGAAUGAGCGCGAAUGUGGUCACGCUAUUUUAGAUUUUUGCAAAGAAACCGAUACUCCGCGAUCUGCGAUAUUUUACACCACAAAGCUGAAGUCCAACAGUGGAUAUGCCGCGACGAAACGAGCCAUUGAGCGGUCGUUAAUCGCCUGCGGCUUGGGAUACAUAGAUUUGUACCUCAUGCACUCUCCGAUCGGCGGACCCCAGGCUAGACGCGAGGCGUGGAAAGCCAUAUGCGAAGCGCAAGGCGAGGGGAAGCUAAAGAGUGCUGGAGUCAGCUGCUUCAGUGUCCGCCACCUGAAGGAGAUGGCAGAAGGUGGCGUUCCCAUCCCCGCGGUUAACCAGAUUGAUCUGCACCCUUUCAUGACUCGUCGGGAUAUCGUAACCUACUGCGAGGAACAUGCUAUAGCACUCGAAGCAUGGGCGCCCCUUGUACGGGGAUUGCGCUUCGGGCACCCCGAUAUCGCCAGGCUAGCGACCAAGUACGGCAAGCAACCUGCCCAUGUUUUGCUGAGGUGGUCCAUUCAGAAAGGUUUCAUCGUGAUUCCGAAAUCGGCGUCUAAAAGUCGCAUAAUCGCCAACACGCAGAUCUUUGAUUUUCGACUUAGCGAUGAAGACAUAGCACUUCUAGACAGUUUGGAUGAGUACCUUGUCACGGACUGGGAUCCGACUGACACACCUUAACCUGUCGUUAUUCUCGCCAGUGUACAGCGAGAGUUGUGCUCUCCCUCGUAUUGUAGGCAUGAAGUUACUUACUACAAUCAUUGCAUGUUCACUUUCUGGCUGUGCUGAGCUUCCCGCCG